AGGAAAAGGGCGCGGUGAGCCAGAUGAAGGCGGGGUCCAACCGCGGACACCUGGGAGCCGGCGGAGCCGCCGCUGGAGCGGGCCAGGGCGCGGGCGCGGGCGGCAGGCCGUGACGGCCCAGCCCAGGAGGCGCGAGGAAGCGGAAGCGAGCGGACCCGGAUCCCCGCAGCGCCACGCCCCCGCCGUGCGUGAGGCCGCGUGAGUGCAGCCCGGCGGAGCGGCGCGGUGAGCUGGGCGGCCGGGACGGAGUUCUGCAGAAAACCUACUGAACAUAAGAUGUUGCAACAAAAUCUACCUCCUGUAUUUUUUCCCUUUAUUCAUGAGCUUCACAGUUUCAAAUUUGAGUAGGAUGUUUGGAGAAUCUGUUGAAAAACUGUAGCACAGGAUGACCUAGCAAAGAUUGUGAGCCUGAAACAAGAUACUCAUAGUGGCUGUGUCAGUUCUGUUCUGAAUGCUGCAGAUAACAGCAAGUGAACUCCCUCCUUACUUCUGAAGUAUUCAUUUGACCUCCCAUCAAGACGGACUUUUCUAAUCUGUUCUUGAAGAUAUUAAUGGAAUACAAUCAUGUCCACUCAAGAGGAAAAGCAGAUCAAUACCGAAUAUGCUGUGUCCUUGUUGGAACAGUUGAAACUGUUUUAUGAACAGCAGUUAUUUACUGACAUAGUGUUAAUUGUUGAGGGCACUGAAUUCCCUUGUCAUAAGAUGGUUCUUGCAACAUGUAGCUCCUAUUUCAGGGCCAUGUUCAUGAGUGGACUAAGUGAAAGCAAGCAGACACAUGUACACCUGAGGAAUGUGGAUGCUGCUGCCUUGCAGAUGAUAAUAACUUAUGCAUAUACAGGAAACUUGGCGGUAAAUGACAGCACCGUGGAGCAGCUCUAUGAGACAGCUUGCUUCCUACAGGUAGAAGAUGUGUUACAGCGUUGCCGAGAAUAUUUAAUUAAAAAAAUUAAUGCAGAGAACUGCGUGCGGCUGUUGAGCUUUGCUGACCUCUUCAGUUGUGAAGAAUUAAAGCAGAGUGCUAAAAGGAUGGUGGAGCACAAGUUCACGGCUGUGUACCACCAGGAAGCCUUCAUGCAGCUGUCCCACGACCUCCUCAUAGACAUCCUCAGCAGCGACAACCUAAAUGUAGAAAAGGAGGAAACUGUGCGGGAGGCUGCCAUGCUGUGGCUAGAGUACAACACAGAGUCCAGAUCCCAGUAUUUGUCUUCAGUUCUUAGCCAGAUCAGAAUUGAUGCUCUUUCAGAAGUCACACAAAGAGCUUGGUUUCAAGGUCUCCCACCCAAUGAUAAGUCUGUUGUGGUUCAAGGUCUUUAUAAGUCCAUGCCCAAGUUCUUCAAACCCAGGCUUGGGAUGACUAAGGAGGAGAUGAUGAUUUUCAUUGAAGCAUCCUCAGAAAACCCUUGUAGUCUUUACUCUUCUGUCUGUUAUAGCCCCCAGGCAGAAAAAGUUUACAAGUUAUGCAGCCCACCAGCUGAUUUGCAUAAGGUUGGGACAGUUGUAACCCCCGAUAAUGAUAUUUACAUAGCAGGGGGCCAAGUGCCCUUGAAAAACACAAAAACAAAUCACAGUAAAACAAGUAAACUGCAGACUGCCUUCCGAACUGUGAACUGCUUUUACUGGUUUGAUGCACAACAAAAUACCUGGUUUCCAAAGACACCGAUGCUUUUUGUCCGUGUGAAGCCAUCUUUGGUUUGCUGUGAAGGCUAUAUCUAUGCAAUCGGAGGAGAUAGUGUUGGUGGAGAACUUAACCGAAGGACUGUAGAGCGAUAUGACACUGAGAAGGAUGAGUGGACAAUGGUGAGCCCUUUGCCUUGUGCUUGGCAGUGGAGUGCAGCAGUUGUAGUUCACGACUGCAUCUAUGUGAUGACAUUAAACCUCAUGUACUGUUACUUUCCAAGAUCUGACUCAUGGGUAGAAAUGGCCAUGAGGCAGACUAGCAGAUCUUUUGCUUCAGUUGCAGCUUUUGGUGAUAAAAUUUUCUAUAUUGGAGGGUUGCAUAUUGCUACCAAUUCUGGCAUAAGACUCCCCUCUGGCACUGUAGAUGGGUCUUCAGUAACUGUGGAAAUUUAUGAUGUGAAUAAAAAUGAAUGGAAAAUGGCAGCCAACAUCCCUGCUAAAAGGUAUUCUGAUCCCUGUGUUAGAGCUGUUGUGAUCUCAAAUUCUCUCUGUGUGUUUAUGCGAGAAACACACUUAAAUGAACGAGCUAAGUAUGUCACCUACCAGUAUGAUUUGGAACUUGACCGGUGGUCUCUGCGGCAGCACAUAUCUGAACGUGUACUAUGGGACCUAGGGAGAGAUUUUCGAUGCACUGUGGGGAAACUUUAUCCAUCCUGUCUUGAAGAAUCUCCAUGGAAGCCACCAACUUACCUUUUUUCACCAGAUGGAACAGAGGAGUUUGAACUGGAUGGAGAAAUGGUUGCACUUCCACCUGUAUAGGGGAGCUGAGGGAGUGCACAGAUGAACUUGUGAUAUCCUUUACUAAACAGAGGAUAAAAAAGGACAGAGUAUGAGUACAUAAAAUCUAUCUUUGAUACGUUUUAUUUUUAUGCCCUACUUAAUAUUUGCAUCAGUAUAAUAUAUAUCAGUGUGUCAUACAGAAAGAUAUGCUUCUGUAAUAUGAAAUAGGUUAUUUGAUAACUGAGAAACUUAAGUGUAUCAUGUGAGCAUAAGAGUCUGGAUUAUCUAACUGUUAGCCCUGUGUAUGUACAGUCCAGAACUUCACUUUCAAAAGUAAUCUGUUCCCAGUGUGGUAUUUCAAAAUUGUGCCGAGAUUAUUUUAGUAUGUGUAUUGAAUUCCUGUACUUCCAGAGUCCUGGAAUAUAGUUUUUUUUAGUAUAAUUCCGCUGCACUUAACACUAAUGUUCAUGUUAAGAUAGAAAUGUCUUUUAAAUCCUAUACUAUUGUUGAACAAGAUCUGCUAUACGUCUAUGGUAUUACACAGGGAAAGCUGUGACUGCAGGAUCAGUCUCACUAUUCUAGGUGCAUGUAUUCCCUUCCCACUGACUUACACUUGUCUAUCUAGAAUACAGGUUGUCCAGUCAGCUGGUCACUUACCAGGUGUGGACUUAUGUUGCUGGGCUUGCAAAUGAAUUGCUAGUCCCUCAUUGUGCGGGUCUAUGUGGAGCUUUAAUCAGUAAAUGUCUCCACUUCCUAUAUUACAUUAACGUUGGCUCAUGCAUAUAACCACCUGCUGCUGAUAUAGUUCUCCAUCUUAAAAAGAUUUAGAGUGGAUUAACCAGGUCAUUACAUCUUAAUUUAAUAACGAGCAUUACUGUAGAGUGAUUGUGUGUAGGUAUCUAAUAGGUGUGUUUUUUUUUUUUUUUUUAAUUUGAUGUGUGUAUGUUUGGGGGGCUAGGAUUAGGAAGGUGAACCGUGCAGGAAUUGUCUGCACUGGGCAGAAGAGCAGACACUAGUGCUGCUCUGGCAUUAAUCCCAGGAACCACUAGCAGUAGUGGGGCGCCACCAAUGUAACAUGAGCACAGGUGCCUCAUGACAAACAUGGCUGGCAUGUUCAACUGCAUAAUGCUCUGGCACUGUAUUUUGAAUGACAUUAAUUUAUUAAAUAAAUUGUAUAUAAUCAAUA